UGGGGGGAGGCGCCGCGGGGCCGGGCGGCCAAUGGGAGGAGGAGGAAGAGCGGGAGGGGGGGUGACAUUGAGCGGCGGCCCCGCAGUGUACCACUGGGUGGAGAUGCGCGCCAAGAUGCGGAUCAUGGGCUUCCGCGGCGCCGCCGUGAAGCCGCUCAACGAGGAGGCGGCGGCGGAGCUGGGCGCCGAGCUGCUGGGCGAGGCGAUCGUGUUCGGCGUGGGCGGGCUCUGCAUCUACCUGGAGUACGCGCGGCAGGCGGGCCAGGCCCGGCGCCGCGAGGAGGAGCAGGCCGCGGCGCUGCGCGAAAUGGCGGCCGGCCUGGAGCGCAUGCGCGCCGAGCUCGACGCGCUGAAGGCGGCCAGCGGCGGGGGCGGGGCCGAGACGGGCCCUGCGCACGGCCCCGCCCCCGGCCCCGCCCAUUAAAGCGCCCUCGCGCUCUUCCCGCCGGCGGUCUCCUCGGGGGGCGGGGCCGCAGCGCGGGGGCGGAAAGGGUGCGGGGUAUGUGACAGUAGGCGUGGCC